GCGUCGGAGUCGGCGCUUCGCGGAGCCGCCGCGUUUCCGUCGGUCCGUCCGCCUGUCCGUCCGUCCCGGGCCCGCGAUGGCCGCAGAGCCCGCCGCCGAGCACCAAAAAAUGGAAGAGGAGGCACCCGCUCCCUCUACAUCUUCAGACAAAAGUGACAGUGUGGAUGUGGACAGUGAAGCGAAGAAACUCCUGGGCCUGGGACAGAAACAUCUGGUAAUGGGAGAUAUUCCAGCAGCUGUCAAUGCAUUCCAAGAAGCGGCUAGUCUUUUGGGUAAGAAAUAUGGCGAAACAGCUAAUGAGUGUGGGGAAGCCUUCUUUUUCUAUGGGAAAUCUCUUCUAGAGCUGGCAAGAAUGGAGAAUGGUGUGUUAGGAAAUGCCCUGGAAGGAGUGCAUGUGGAAGAAGAGGAAGGAGAAAAGACAGAAGAUGACUCUUUGGUAGAAAGUACUGAUAACAUAGAUGAGGAAGCAAGGGAAGAGUUGAGAGAACAGGUAUAUGACGCCAUGGGGGAAAAAGAAGAAACCAAAAAGUCGGAGGGAGAGACUCCAGUAGAGGAAGAAACCAAGAAAUCGGAGGGAGAGGCCCCUGCCGUAGAGGAAGAAACCAAGAAAUCGGAGGGAGAGGCUCCUGCCGUAGAGGCAGAAGUCAAAUCAGAAGGAGAGACUCUUUCUGCAGAGGCUGAAACCAAAAAAUCAGAGGGAGAAGCUUCAGCGGUAGAGGCAGAAACCAGCAAAUUGGAGGCAGAAACUGAGAAAUCAGAGGGAAAGCCAGAAACCGUGAAGCCGGAAGAGGAGAUUCCUGCAAUUGAAGAUGGAACCAAGAAAUCAGAGACAGAGGCUCCUGCCUCAGGGGCAGAACUGCCAAAAUCGGAAGAAGAGACCGAAACCAAGAAACUGGAAGAGGAGACUCCUGCAGUAGGAGGCGAACCCAAGAAAUCAGAUACAGAGGCCCCUCCUUCAGAGGCGGAGACCAAGAAAUCUGACGAGGAGACCUCAGAGGAAGCAGAGAAUAAAAGCGAGAAAGGAACAGAAGGAGAAGAUGUGGAAAUGGCAGACGCUGAAGACAAGCCCCAAGAGAAAGCCGGAACGCCAGAGAAGCCAGGCGAAAUUACCGAAGAGACAACAGAUUUUGCUGGACUGCCAGUGGAAGCCGAGGUACAAGAAACGCCUGUUUCAGAAGCGAGAACAGAGCCCGAAGCAGAGGAGCCAGAAGAGGACGGGGAGCUGGAGGAAAAACAGGGCGAAGGAGCCGGAAGCGCAGGGGAACAGCAGGCGGAGGCUGCAGGGGAGCGGGCUGACCAGGCCCCAGCAGAGAAACCGGCCGACAAGGGAGCGGCAAUAGCCGAGGAAGCAGAGCCGAUGGAGGUUGCCAAGGAGGAACCCGAAGAGCAGGCGAAGGAACGGCCAGAGGAGCAGGAAGCCAAAGCCGGGGAAGGAAAGCCAUCGGAGACCUGUGAAGAAGCGGGAGAGGCCAAGCCUGAAGAGGAGCUGGGCGGGGUCAGCGAGGAGAAGCCAGAAGAGCGGGAAACUGCCUCAGAAGAUGGUCCAGAAGUGCUAGAGGAGCAGCUGAAAGAGGGCCCUGUUACGGAGGAAGAACCAAAGGACGAGCUAAAGGCAGCCAAGGAGGAGCCCAGCACUUCCACCGAAGCGGCCGAGGCGACCCUAAACGGGGCGGAAAGUGAAGAGGUGGCCCAGGCGGCGGCCGAAAAGCCAACAGAAGAAAAUGCCGAAGGGCCUGCUAAUGCAGAGGAGGAGGAGGAGGAGGAGGAAGAGAAAGAUGAGCUGAUGGAAGAGGGAGAAGAAACCGACGGUUCCGAAGAGGAGGACAAGGAGAACGACAGGUCUGAAGAGAAAGGAAAUGAUUCAACACUCGAGAACAAGUCAUUACAAGACAAUGAAGAAGAUGAGGUCGGAAACCUGGAACUGGCCUGGGACAUGUUGGAGUUAGCGAAAGUGAUUUAUAAAAGGCAGGAAACAAAAGAGGCCCAGCUCCAAGCAGCUCAGGCUCAUCUUAAACUAGGAGAAGUUAGUGUUGAAUCAGAGAACUACAGCCAAGCUGUGGAAGAAUUCCAGGCUUGCCUCACCCUGCAGCAGAAGUAUCUGGAAGCCCACGACCGUCUGCUGGCGGAGACCCAUUAUCAGUUGGGGUUGGCCUACUGUUAUAACAGCCAGUAUGAGGAGGCGGUGGCUCAGUUCAGCAAAUCUGUGGAAGUCAUCGAGAAGAGGAUGGCCACGCUAACCGAGCAAGUGAAGGAAGCCGAAGGAUCGUCUGCGGAGGCGGAGAAAGAAAUUGAAGAGCUGAAAGAGCUGCUUCCCGAAAUCAAAGAGAAGAUUGAGGACUCGAAGGAGUCCCAGAAGAGCGGGAAAGUGGCAGAGUUAGCCCUGAAAGCCACCCUGGUUGGGGGCUCUACUUCCGGCUUCACAUCCAGCGGCGGAGGUGGCUCCGUUUCCUCGAUUGCAGUGAGAAAACCCGCCGACGGCGCCUCCUCUUCCAACUGUGUCAGCGACAUUUCUCACCUCGUCAGGAAGAAGAGGAAACCAGAGGAGGAGAGCCCCCGGAAAGACCACGAAGCUAAGAAGCCCAAACAAGAGCUGGCUGUGAAUGGCGGCGGUGGCGGUGGAGACGCCACCCCCAGUGAGCAGGACAGUGCAGAAAAGAUGGAAGAGGAGACAGAGAAGCGGACAUCAGCGGAGGCGGGAGCGGCGCUAGAAAGCCCGGCCUGAUGGUUCUUAAAAGCAGAGGGAGGAGCCAGGCUCCCCAGGGAAAAGGAUUUUGUAUAUAAUGUAUUUUUUCACUUUUGGGGGAUUUUUUUGUAUAACUUCAAUAAAGAUUGUAAGCAACUGUCGAGGACUUGGAUGGUUUUUCUUAAAUACGUGCCUUGGAGCACAGCCAGGUUUUAAGCAUCGCAACCCAAAGGAUGUGCCGUUCUGGAUCCUUCCGGCGCCGGGGACGAGAUUCCUGAUUCGGCUCGGCUGCGUCGAUCUGCAAGUCCCGAUCGUGGGUGCUAAAAAAAAAAAAGGGGGGUCCGGGCCCCAGGCCUGGCAUCCCCCCUUCGAGACUGCUAUCCAAUGGUGCUUUUUUUUCUUCUUGUCUUUCACUUGCAUGGAUAGAUUCAUACCAAAACUGUCUCUGGCAACGUUUCAAUGGUGCUCACCUGCCUGUUCGAUUUGUUCAUGUGUGAAGACUGUGGCCGGGGCGGGGGACCUCAGGGGCCUCAACUCUCACUUCGAACCUCCGGCUGGAGUUGACCGACGGGAACCCAAGUAGCUGCGAUGCCCGGCCUGGGGACGCGGCGACGGGGGCGGCUUGCCGUCUCCGGCCUGGCCGCCCGCGGUGUCCCUGCCCCGGCCUUGCCCGUUCUUCCCGGGUGCCAGGGAAGAAGUGGCCCUGGGGAUUGGGGGUGAUGGGGGUCUGCUCCGGCGGCUUGUUUAACUGUUACCCUUGUGUAAAGGCAACUGCGACUAUUUAAAAUUGUUAAUACUGUUAUCGGCAGUGUUGGAAUUUGUUAAUAAAGAUGUUAAAAA